CAGAGCUGUAAACACAGGGGGCGUUUUACGUUGAACUGGAACAAUAAAGCUCUUUCUGUAUCAAUGCACUAACCAUGAACUUACGCGAUAUGACUGUGAUUAAACUGCUUUGCCUAUUGUGCGCCCUGAAAUACAGUCAAGGUUACUAUGGCAACCCUCUGAACAAAUACAUUCGCCACUAUGAGGGACUGUCUUACGACGCAGACGUGGUGCACAGCAGACAUCAGAGAGCCAAGCGAGCAAUCUCAAACGAGGACAGCUUCCUUCACCUGGAGUUCCACGCACACGGAAGGCGUUUUAACUUAAGGAUGAGAAGGGACGCACGACUGUUCUCGGAGGACUUUAAGCUGGACGUCUCUGGAGAAGAAAUGGCCUAUGACACCUCGCAUAUCUAUACUGGAGAGCUCUAUGGCGAGCAGGGCAGCCUAACUCACGGCUCUGUCGUCGAUGGUAAGUUUGAGGGCUUUAUUAAUACACACCAUGGGACUUAUUAUGUGGAGCCUGCCGAGCGCUACUUGGGGGACAAAAAUGUGCCGUUCCACUCCGUCAUCUACCAUGAAGAUGACAUUGAUUAUCCUCAUAAAUACGGGCCUCAGGGUGGCUGUGCAGAUCACUCAGUGUUUGAGAGGAUGAGCAAAUAUCAGGCCUCUGCUGUGGAAGAGUCGAUCCAGGAUGCAGAAGUAGGAUCAGGAAAGGAGUCAUCCGAUGAUCAUGUGUUAAAACGGAAAAAGAGGAUGGCACAGGUGGAAAAAAAUACCUGCCAGCUGUUCAUCCAGACUGACCACCUCUUCUUCAAAUACUACAAAACAAGAGAGGCUGUCAUUGCUCAGAUUUCUAGCCAUGUUAAGGCAAUUGAUGCAAUCUACCAGGGUACAGACUUCCUGGGUAUCCGCAACAUUAGCUUCAUGGUGAAGAGAAUUAGGAUCAACACAACCAGUGACGAGCGGAUCAGGUCCAACCCUUUCCGUUUUGCUAAUAUUGGUGUGGAGAAGUUUCUAGAGUUGAACUCUGAGCAGAACCAUGAUGAUUAUUGUCUGGCCUAUGUCUUCACUGACCGAGAUUUUGAUGAUGGUGUGUUGGGACUGGCUUGGGUGGGAGCACCUUCAGGGAGCUCUGGUGGUAUCUGUGAAAAGAGUAAACUGUAUUCUGAUGGGAAAAGGAAGUCCCUGAACACUGGGAUUAUAACCGUGCAGAACUACGCAUCUCACGUACCUCCAAAGGUCUCCCAUAUUACCUUUGCCCAUGAAGUGGGACACAACUUCGGCUCCCCACAUGAUUCAGGCUCUGAAUGCACUCCAGGCGAGUCAAAGAGCCAGGAUAAGAAGGAAAAAGGCAACUACAUAAUGUAUGCUAGAGCCACAUCAGGAGACAAGCUGAACAACAACAAGUUCUCCGUGUGCAGUAUUCGCAACAUCAGCCAAGUGCUGGAUAAGAAAAGGGGAAACUGCUUUGUGGAGUCUGGCCAACCAACCUGUGGUAACGGCUUAGUAGAGCCAGGAGAGGAGUGCGACUGUGGAUACAAUGACCAGUGCAAAGAUCACUGCUGCUAUGAUGCUAACCAGCCAGAAAACAAGAGAUGCAAACUUAAACCUAACAAAGUCUGCAGUCCCAGCCAAGGUCCGUGCUGCACCUCCGAGUGCACGUACAAGACCCGGAACGAGAAGUGUCGUGAGGAGUCGGAGUGCGCCCAUCAGGGCAUGUGUAAUGGAGCCUCAGCCCAGUGUCCCACUUCUGAACCCAAAGCCAACUUCACUGCCUGCCAUGGAGAAACUCAAGUCUGCCUUAAUGGGGGAUGUUCUGGCUCUAUCUGUGAGAAAUAUGGGCUGGAGGUGUGUACUUGUGCUAGCGGUGAUGGCAAGGACGAGACCGAGCUCUGUCAUGUUUGCUGCAUGGAGAAAAUGAACCCCAGCACAUGCAGCAGUACAGGCUCUGAGCGCCUGGCCCAGUUCUUCAAUAGGAAGGUGACCACGCUGCAGGCUGGCUCUCCCUGCAACGACUUCAAAGGCUACUGUGACGUGUUUAUGAAGUGCAGGCUGGUGGAUGCCGACGGGCCGUUGGCCAGGCUGAAGAAAGCCAUUUUCAACCCUGAGCUCUACGAGAACAUUGCUGAGUGGAUAGUGGCUUACUGGUGGGCAGUGCUGCUGAUGGGUAUUGCCUUGAUUAUGCUCAUGGCUGGAUUCAUCAAGAUUUGCAGUGUGCACACACCCAGUAGUAACCCCAAACUACCACCACCUAAACCUCUACCAGGCACUCUAAAGAGGAGACGAGCCCAACAUGCGAGUCAACAGCAGCAACAUCAGCAUCAUCACCAUCACCACCACAACCAGAACCAGCACCCUCAUGCACAUGGCCAUCAGAACCAGCGUCCGUCCCAGCGCCAGCCUCAGCCCCCACGUCACCACCGCCAGCCCCGCGAGAAUUACCAGAUGGGUCAAAUGAGACGCUGAGAGCCCCGAUGUCCCCCAUAGCACCAUUAUCACACCCUGCCAGUGCCUGCCGACAUUGGGAUAUAAUGGUCACUCGUCACUACACUACACUGCUUCACAGGCAGAUGCAGAGGAUUGUAAUCUCAGCUUGCCUGGAAAACACAAUCAUUUCCAGCUGUCAAGAAUUCAAAAAUUCUUAACCAUGUGCUGUUCUACAACUCCAGUUUGGUUUAAUCAGGACUUGUUACGUGUGGCUGUAGAACAAGGCAUUACUCCAAAGAGUCCAAAUGGGACCAGCACAUGAAAUCCUCACAACACUCCCAGUUUUUCACUGCAUCAACCAGGACUGAUUUUAACGACGACACACUACAAAACGUGCAGUAUGUGACAACAUGAGCAGGUUUUUUUAAAAGCAACCUUUUGUCAAAAGUCAUACACUAAAGCAGGAAUCGUUUACAAGAAUACGUCCAGCUCUCCGUAGAGGAUAUCUGGACUAGUCCAUUAUGCUUCCUUUCAUUCCAGUCUUUAUACUGAGCCACUCAAACAUUGUCGUGAAGAACAUCUCUGCUCCGUUUAACGGAAGUGAGCUCAAACUGCAUGGACUUUUCGGGUCUUUCUUUGUCAAAUCUCAGCACAGGAAGUCAAUGAAAAACAUCUCGAACCUUUGCUUCAUAUAUCUAAAAUGUACACCUUUUUUUUUUUUUUUUUUUUCAUUCCCUUCACAGUUGGUAAAUUGAAAGAGUGCCAAGGUUUAAGAGACCAGGCGUAGAUUCAGCAUCCACUGUCAUUUCAGUUCCGUUUCUCUUUCAGACCCUGAGUUAACAUGGGUUGAGAUUAAAGCAUCUAUUUAUUCUUAUGAUCAAGCAAAAGGUCAAGGCUGUUAUUUUCUCCAUACAGCAAAUGCAUACUGCACCGUUGUACAGAUUACAACUGUAUAGAGAAGAGAUUUGUAUUAUAUGUGAGAAAUAUUUCUUCUACUGCUCAGAACAGAAAAUAAGUUGUCGCUUUGAUCAAUAUUUCUCAGGACUUGGGCAGAAAUAAAGGGACGGUACAGAUAACUGGGGGAUGGAGGGAUUAGCCAUUUGUAGGAGGAUAAGAGCAAGUACACAUCAAGUUGAGCUGAUUUGUUCCAUUUGGCUCUGUAAUUUAUUUAAUUUUAUUUUUUUAAGUCAUUGAUCCAGUGUUUGUUUCGUGGAGCGGUGCACAUAUCCACAACAAAACCCUAGUGUGAAGGAACGUUAUCCUCAUGUUUCCACUAUUUCCUCACCUCUUGUCACUUCAGAUUUCACUUGGUGUCGUAAUCCAGAGGAUUAAUCUGCACAGCUAGUGAAUACGUGUAUUUGAACCUGCAUGCUGCAAGUGCUGUAGGAGAGACCUCAGUCCAGCUAAGAUAAAAGGGUACGUGGUUAGGAUUUGAUUAUCCGUUUACAGUUUACACACAAGGACCAUAAUUGGUUCAUUCAUUGGGAAGAACAGUUUAAUUUGCAGGUGGUUAACUUUUGCUAAUGAAGACACUUGUCAAGCCUCUGUGGAUUAACCAGUGUCUUUAUGAAAUACCAGCAGCUACAAGUGGUCAUGUUGGUCUUACGAUGACCUUAAGCCUUGAUUAAAUCAUACUACGUUCGACAUGUCAGAUUGAAGCAAAUCCACUGUUAAUAUUACAAUUUAAUUAGUAGGAAUAAUCAAUAAUUUAUUCAGCAAGAAGCAAACAAAAGCAGUUUAAAGAUUACAACAUUCCAAAUUAGUGCCUGAACUUAUUGGGUGAGGAGAUGUGUCUGCUUAAAUCUGCAUAAAUUUAAGGAUCCGAUUGUUUAAAGUGCCAUUCCACCAUUGGAUGUAUUCUUUGGCAUAAAAUACAGUAUAUUUUGACAACAUAUAUAAAUGGUAUCACUAGAUAGAGAAAUCUUUUAGCUUCAAAAUGAUAUAUCAAACAUAAUUUUUUGACAACGACAAGUACAUUAAUUUUGCGACCAAAGUCACCUACCCUUUUAAUUUCCACGCGUGAUGUCAUCGGCAGGUUCCCCUUCUUGUGUACCACGUGACGUGUGACAUGGCACAUAUUAUCAGCAAUGGUGGAUAGAACGCGAUAAAAAUAAUACCAAUAAAUCUAGCUAAUACCAAUAAAUCUAGCUAACUGAAAGAUUAACUCAAAAUUUUUCGCAAUUUUUUUGGCCCCCAUAUACGAGGAGAAAUGACUCUCUCACUGUGGGGGUUUCCUGGUCUAAAAAUAGACCGACACGUGGUACACAAGAAGGGGAACCUGCCGAUGACAUCACGUUUCACUACCGCGCGGAAAUUAAAAGG